AUGGUUUUCAAUCUGCGCAGACUCUGUGUGCCCCUAACAAAGGGAGACAAUGAACAUGAUGCAGUGUUGCCUUGCCAUUGUGUUCCAAGGAAUCUUACUCUCCUGCCUGAAAAACCAAAUGUGAAAAACGACGACGUACGCUACUGCAGCGGUGAGGAAGAAGACAAUGUCCCCCAUGGUGGUGAAGGGAAAUACAGAGAUUUUACCAAACUAGAAUUGAAGCCUGACCACCCUAACCGCCCUAUAUGGGCUUGCCCUGAUGGCCGAAUAUUCCUCGAAUCUUUCUCUGCUGUGUACAAACAAGCUUAUGAUUUCCUCAUUGCCAUUGCCGAACCUGUUUGCAGGCAAGAGUUGAUGCACGAGUAUAACUUGACCCCGCAUUCGCUGUAUGCGGCUGUGUCAGUUGGUCUUGCGACGGAGACCAUUAUUUCUGUGCUUAAUAAGCUGUCAAAGGUCAACCUGCCGAGAGAAGUUAUUGAUUUCAUACACGCUUCUACUGCUAAUUAUGGCAAACUGAAGCUCGUGCUUAAGAAGAAUCGCUACUUUGUGGAAUCCCCAUUCCCUGAGGUAUUGGAAAUAUUGCUUAAGGACGACUUUAUAUCUCAAUCAAGGAUUGCUUCAGAGGGUUCUCAUGGAACUGGUGGUUUCACAAUUAGCACAACAAUGGGUGAGAUUGGAGCUGGUCCAAGUGAUUUGCUAAAUGAAGCAGAAUUGGCAGCUGCCGCUGAAGAGAAAGAAACUCAUGCAUUUGAAAUUGAUCCUUCAAAGGUUGAGAAUGUUAAGCAGCGUUGCUUGCCAGAAUCUUUGAACUAUCCCAUGUUGGAGGAGUAUGACUUCAGAAAUGAUACAGUUAACCCUGAUCUUGACAUGGAACUAAAGCCUCAAGCGCAACCACGACCAUAUCAGGAGAAGAGCUUGAGUAAAAUGUUUGGGAACGGGAGAGCAAGAUCUGGCAUAAUUGUACUGCCUUGUGGUGCCGGAAAGUCUCUAGUUGGUGUUUCUGCUGCCUCCAGGAUAAGAAAGAGCUGCCUUUGUUUAGCAACAAAUGCUGUUUCUGUUGAUCAGUGGGCUUUUCAGUUUAAGUUGUGGUCAACCAUCCGAGAUGAACAAAUUUGUCGUUUCACAUCUGAUAGUAAAGAAAGAAUCCGUGGAAAUGCUGGGGUAGUUGUGACAACAUAUAACAUGAUUGGUUUUGGUGGCAAGAGGUCUGAAGAAUCUGAAAAGAUCAUUGAAGAAAUAAGAAACAGAGAAUGGGGAUUGCUUCUCAUGGAUGAGGUGCACGUCGUUCCUGCUGAAAUGUUUCGAAAUGUCAUCAGGCUUACUAAAUCUCACUGCAAGCUUGGUCUCACCGCCACACUUGUGAGAGAGGAUGAGAAGAUCACAGACCUUAACUUCCUUAUUGGUCCAAAGUUGUAUGAAGCAAACUGGUUGGAUUUGGUUAAAGGUGGAUUUAUUGCAAACGUACAGUGUGCUGAGGUAUGGUGUCCAAUGACAAAAGAGUUUUUUGUGGAAUAUUUGAAGAAAGAAAACUCAAAGAAAAAGCAGGCACUUUAUGUCAUGAAUCCAAAUAAGUUUAGGGCAUGCGAGUUUCUUAUAAGGUUUCAUGAAGAGCAACGUGGUGAUAAAAUUAUUGUGUUUGCUGACAAUCUCUUUGCCCUCGCGGAGUAUGCAAAGAAACUUCGGAAACCUAUGAUCUGUGGUAGUACCAGCCAUGUGGAGAGGACGAAAAUUCUAGAAGCCUUCAAAACAAGUCAGGACAUAAAUACUGUUUUCUUGUCUAAGGUGGGUGAUAAUUCCAUAGACAUUCCUGAGGCAAAUGUGAUUAUUCAGAUUUCUUCACAUGCUGGUUCAAGACGUCAAGAAGCACAGCGUCUUGGUCGUAUUUUAAGAGCUAAGGGUAGACCUCAGGAUCGGAUAGCAGGAGGAAAAGAGGAGUACAAUGCAUUUUUUUAUUCCCUCGUGUCUACGGAUACUCAGGAAAUGUACUUUUCAACUAAACGGCAGCAGUUUUUGAUUGAUCAAGGUUAUAGUUUUAAGGUUAUUACAAGCUUACCUCCUCCUGAAUCAGGAGCUGAUUUGAGCUAUCAUCGUGUUGAAGACCAACUGGCACUACUCUCAAAGGUGUUGAGUGCUGGUGAUGAUAAAGUUGGCUUAGAGCCGCAUGAAGAUGAUGCAGAUGAGAUUUCCCUUCAGAAAGCACGUCGUUCAAAGAGACAUCAUUUGUUUAAACAACGCCGUGGCUGAGAACAGGAAUGAUAAAGUAAAUAAAUAUCAGUGAGUCCGAGAUUGACGCUUCUAUUCAUACUUCUGAUGUAUAUGAGCAAGCAUUAGUAUGUUUUCUCAUAAAUCCAGUUUCCAAAUUAGGGGAAGAAACACGUAU